AUGCAAUACGUAGCUAAAGCAAGUGGUUAUAUGUAUAGCCAAUGGAAUUCAUUGAAUCCAGCUACUUUAUCAGGUGCAAUUGAUGUUAUUGUAAUUGAACAGCCAGAUGGUACUUUACAUACUUCCCCGUGGCAUGUUAGAUUUGGUAAAUUUCAAAUUAUAAAACCUUCUCAAAAAAAGAUUGAUUUAUAUGUUAAUGACGUCAAAACUAAUUUACCAAUGAAAUUAGGUGAUGGUGGUGAAGCUCAUUUUGUUUUUGAAGUUGAUGAUAUAAAUCAUGAUUUAUCAAGUUCGGUUUUAACUUCUCCUGUUAUAUCACCAGUUUCUUCACCAAGUUCAUUACCUGAACUGGGUCAAACUUCGGAACCUGAGGAAUUGGAUUUAAAUGAAAAUGACGUAGAUUCUAAAAUAAGAUUGAGUGAUAUUCCAAGUCCUAGAUCAAAAUCACCUUCUCCAACUUCAUUACAUCAAUCAAGAUUAGCAAUUGAAAAUGCCAAAAAAAUGGCUGCUAAGUUAAACAUUCCAACUAAAAUAGAUAUGAACGGUGAUAUGAUUAUAGAUAUGGAUGGUUAUAAACCAAAUUCAAAAAAGAAUAUAGAUAAUUCUGAUGAAUUAUUCAAGAAAAUAUUUUUUGAAGAAAUUGAAGGUGAUUAUCCUCAAGGUGAAAAUAGUGUAAAAGCAUGGAAUCAAAUCAUAACUAAAGAUGAAAAUGGGAAUAUAAGAAUAUCUAAUUUAAAUGAUUUGGAAGGUGUUGAAAUGGAUGAUGAUGAAAGUGUUCCGAGUACAUCAACUACUUUAAAUUCAGUAUCAACUGCUUCAGAUGAUAAAAUAUAUUUCAAGACAUUAAGAUUAACCUCUGAACAAUUAUCGAAGAUGAAUUUAAAAUAUGGUGCAAAUUCAUUAAAAUUUAAAUCAAAAGAAGGUAAUUCUCAAAUUACUGCAAAUUUAUAUUUAUGGAAAUCUUCAACACCUAUAGUUAUUUCAGAUAUUGAUGGUACAAUUACUAAAUCAGAUGCUUUGGGACAUGUUUUAAAUUUGAUAGGUAGAGAUUGGACUCAUCCUGGAGUUGCUAAAUUAUUUCAAGAAAUCAGUUUAAAUGGUUAUAAUAUAGUUUAUUUAACUGCUAGAUCUGUAGGACAAGCAGAUUCAACAAGACAAUAUUUAGAAGGUGUAUUACAAGAUAAUGUUAAAUUACCGAAAGGUCCAGUUAUACUUUCUCCAGAUCGUACAUUUGCGGCAUUAAGAAGAGAAGUUGUAUUAAAAAAACCAGAAGUUUUCAAAAUGGCCUGUUUAUCAGAUAUAAAACAAUUAUUUUUUGAAGAUGAUGAUGAUGAAUUAACUCCAUUUUAUGCUGGAUUUGGUAAUAGAAUUACUGAUGCUAUAAGUUAUAGAUCUGUUCAUAUCCCAUCACAUAGAAUUUUUACAAUUAAUCCAAACGGUGAAGUUCAUAUGGAAUUAUUAGAACUUGCUGGUUAUAAAUCUUCUUAUUUACAUAUUGGUGAAUUGGUUGAUCAUUUUUUCCCACCUAUAAAAGAAGUUUCGUCGAUUUCAUCAUACUGGAAUAAUGCACAAUGGAAUGAAUAUAUGCAAAAUCAUGAUACAAAUACACCAAUAUCAUCACCAUUGAUAACUCCUGGUUCUCCGAGAUCUCCUGGUAGUCCAAGAAGUUUCAUGGAAGAAUUUAAAACUGAUGAAAAAUUUAAUGAUGUAAAUUAUUGGAAAGAACCUAUAAAUUUUAGUGAUAUAAGUGAUAGUGAUAUUGAGCAUGAAAAUGUAGUAAAUGAAAAAAUUAAAGGUAAUGAAAAAUUAAGUCAUAAAUCAACACCUGAAAAAGAACAUAGUGAUAAUCCGGGAUUAUUGAAAAAGACAAGAUCAAGAGCAUCUACUUUGGAAAGACCAAUAAGUGCAAGUUCAUUUACUUCACCUUUGAAGAAUUUCAUGCGUGGAAGAAAGGAUGAGGAGGAAGGUGAAGAGGAUAUUGAGGAGGAAGAUGUAGAUGAGGAAGAUAUAGAUGAAGAAGAUGAUGAUUAUGAUGAUGAUUAUACUGAUGAUGAUUAUGAAGAAGACGAAGAGGAAGAGGAAGAUGAAGAUGAGGACGAUUAUGAUGAAGAUGAAGAUGAAGAUUAUGAUGAAGAAGAUUUAGAUCAAGAUUUAAAAGAUGAAGAGGAAUUAGAUGAAAAAUCAAAAUUAAGUGAUGCUCCAAUAGCUAUUAGAAAUGAAAUAUUAGCACAAGGAUCAACUGAAUUUGUUAGAGCAAGUGAUUUUGAUAAAUUAAAUAUAUAG